GCCACGUGCUAGAUCACAUGGCAGUCUCAUUGUUUGAAAAGGUUGAAAAAAUUAUCAUAUAAUAGUGACCAAUAUGCGUUAAAAAUACGAAGAUUUUUUAAAAGAGUUUGGAAGAUGUGUAGUUUAUCAAUUUAACAUGUCACAAAAUGUUGUGAAAGAAAAAGUUGGGGGAAUGGAGGAGCAAAAACCUCCUUCGAAACAAUGUCAAAUUGAAGGUUGUGUUGAGAUUAGUGUGGGCUCAAAAGUUCCUUUAUGUCGAAAACAUCGAAAUAAAACGUACAAACAAAAUUAUAAAAAGAAGAAGAGGAAUGCUGAAGGAAAUUUUGAAGAAAAAUCAAAGGAGAUUGUGAUUGAUGAUCAAUAUCUCCUGGAACAAAAACAUUCAAACAUGUUACAAGAUGUUCUAACCCAGAAGCAAAUGGAACUGUUUGAAUCACCUUCAGUUGUGCGAUUAUUGAAAAGUUAUCAAAAUAAAGUUCUUGCCAGUAAUACCCAUCCAACUGCAACAUCAUAUCUUAUGAAUGAAUCACAAAUGAGCACUUCUUGUGAACAGAUAACCCAGUCAACAGAAGGUAUAGUAUCAAACCCCAGCCUGUUUUCCUCGGAAACAGAAAACAUGCAACCUCAAAAUGAAGUCAUACAAGUUAUGAAUUCUUCAACUGAUUUUUCAUCAUGUUAUAACUUUGCUUGGAGUCAAGAUGAACUUUCGUUAUUACCUUGUGACAUGAUAGCAAGCCUAGAAACAACAAUACCUUAUCCUAAUACAACCUCAUCAACCACUACAACAUUGGAAGUAGCGGCGCAACAAACCCCAACUACAACACAAAAACCCUAG